CCGGACCCGGGUCUACGCCAUGCGCGUGCGGCUACCACUGCUGCGCACCAGCUGGGCCUGGCGCUUGGGCGCUCCGGCUGCCGCCGCCGCCGCCGCCACCGCCUGCCUGCCGCGGGGAGCGAGCGCAGGGUCCUGGCCGCGCCGCGCCAUGGCUUUUUACCGCACAGAGGAGCGCGGCCAGCCCCACUCUCCCGGUUACCGCCUCUUUUUCAAGAAUGUAGCUGGUCACUACAUUUCCCCCUUCCAUGAUAUUCCUCUGAAGGCGGACUCUGAAGAGAAUUUGUUUAAUAUGGUUGUAGAAGUACCUCGGUGGACGAAUGCUAAAAUGGAGAUUGCCACGGAGGAGCCAUUGAAUCCCAUUAAACAAGAUGUAAAGGAUGGCAAGCUUCGCUACGUGGCAAAUAUCUUUCCUCACAAAGGUUAUAUAUGGAAUUACGGUGCCCUCCCUCAGACUUGGGAAGAUCCCCAUCGAAAAGAUAAGAGCACAGACUGCUGUGGAGAUAAUGAUCCUAUUGAUGUUUGUGAAAUAGGCUCAAAGGUUCUUUCUCGUGGAGAUGUUGUUCAUGUGAAGAUCCUUGGAAUUUUGGCUCUUAUUGAUCAGGGUGAAACAGAUUGGAAAUUAAUUGCUAUCAAUGUGAAUGAUCCUGAAGCCUCGAAGUUUCAUGAUAUUGAAGAUGUUAAGAAGUACAAACCUGGUUACUUAGAAGCUACGCUUAAUUGGUUUAGAUUUUAUAAGAUACCAGAGGGAAAACCAGAAAACCAGUUUGCUUUUAAUGGAGAAUUCAAGAACAAGGCUUUUGCUCUUGAAGUUAUUAAAUCUACUCAUGAAUGUUGGAAAGCAUUGCUUAUGGAGAAGUGUGCUGGAGGGGCUAUAAAUUGCACAAAUGUGCAGGUAUGUGAUAGCCCUUUCCAUUGCUCUCAGGAGGAAGCAAGAUCAUUAGUUGAAUCGGUGUCAUUUUCACUGAAUAAAGAAAGUAAUGAAGAAGAUCAAGUAUGGCACUUCCUGGGCAAGUGAGGAGAACAUUUGAAGUUCUGCCAUCAGGAUUCCAGUCUCUAAAAUCUCCAAGACUCCAUCUCCCCGAAGUGCUAGAAACAAGCAGAUCUAUGAGAAUUUGCUAACUUCCUUUUCAGACUUCUUUUUUUUUUUCUCAAACUUUUUGAGAUAUGCAAAGUGUAAAUAAACAUUGAAAUUUUUGAA